AUGGACUGGACCAAGAUCCAGCAAUGUAAAAGAAAGGCUGAUGAACCAGUGCUUGAUUUCUUUGAACGUUUUGAAAAGACUUUCAAACAAUAUUCAGGUCUGUCGCCAGACAGUUUCAAGGAUCAUCGAAAUGAUCCCUUACUAAAUUCGGCAUUUUUGGAAGGACUAGAUGAAGAACUUGAUGGAGACACCCACAAUUGUGUUUUACUUACUGACCACCUUCUUGCUCCUAGGAAUGAUUUACAGGAAACUCCUAUUGAUAAUGCUGACUUAAUUUGGUUCACAGAUGGAUCCUAUCUAAAGAAUGAACAAGGACAUUUCCGAGCUGGAUAUGCUAUAACUUCCAUGGUGGAUAUAAUUGAAAGUUCUUAUCUGCCUGGAAUCAGAUCCGCCCAGCAAGCUGAACUCAUUGCUUUGACUCGGGCUUGUCAAUUGGCCAAAGGUCAGGUAGCCAAUCUCUACACUGAUAGUCGCUAUGCAUUUGGUGUAGCUCAUGACUUUGGAAUGUUAUGGAAGCAGCGAGGCUUCUUAACUUCCUCUGGGCAGCCCAUAAAAAAUGGAAAACUGGUUGCAGAACUUUUAGAUGCCAUACAGCAACCAAAACAAUUGGCAAUUAUAAAAAUUCCAGGGCAUUCUAAAGCCACCACCAUGGAAGCAAAAGGUAAUCAUUUUGCUGAUGCUGCAGCUAAGCAGGCAGCAUUGAACAGUCAAGUUAUCCAGACCCGAGAAUGUUCUUUACUUCCUAUUAAAUCAAUAAAAGAUUAUCUUUUACAGUUUCAACACACAGCCACAGAAGACGAAAAGAGAAUAUGGCAACAAAAAGGGGGAACUUUUGACCUAGACAGACAGAUAUGGCUUGGACCCAAUCAGAAACCUAUUUUACCUGUGGAGGAAGAAGAAUACAAGCUGAUUCCCCCAGACAAUCCCACAGAAGCUCUGGCCCAGCAUCCUAAACAAGACGUAUCUGGAGAUUUGAGGGAGAAUAAACAGACCCCAAAGAGACUGAGGCUCAUCCUGGUGGGGAAAACCGGAAGUGGGAAAAGUGCAACAGGAAACAGCAUCCUUGGCCAGGAAGUGUUCCAGUCUAAGCUCAGUGCUAAACCAGUGACCAACAACUUCCAGAGGAGGAGCCGAUACUGGGCUGGGAAAGAACUUGAGGUGAUAGACACUCCCGAUUUUUUGUCCCCUGGAGUUCCACAGGAAGUGGCAGAUAAGGGCUCCUGGGAAGCCAUCGCCUUCUCCUCCCCAGGGCCACACGCAGCGCUCCUGGUGAUAGAGCUGGGCAGGUUUACAAAGGAGGACCAGUUGGUGGUCAGGCGCCUCCAGGAAGUCUUUGGAGUUGGAGUCCUGACCUAUACCAUCCUGGUGUUCACCAGGAAGGAAGACCUGGAUGGUGGCUCGCUGGAUGAGUAUGUGCGAAAGACUGACAACCGGGAGCUUGCUGAGCUGGAUGUUAUUUGUUCCAGGCAUCACUGUGGCUUCAACAACAGGGCAGAGGGGGAGGAGCAGGAGGCCCAGCUGAAAGAGCUCAUGGACAUAAUCCAGAAGGUCCUGUGGGAAAACGAAGGCCAUCAUUACAGCAACAAGGCUUACCAAUACUUUCAGCAAAACCUUCUGCUCAGAGAUGUGCAGGGAAGGCAGAUAAUCCAGGUGCGAGGCUCUGGGGAAAGGCCCAGUAGGGAGUCCUUGCUGGAGGGACUGUGCAGAAUCCAGAAGAGAUCUGAGGAAACUCACAAAGGUCUCCUGAAGUGGGCACCUAUCUGA